AUGUCGACCUCGUCACCCACCCCGCGUGCCGGACCUUCGCGCUCCUCGGCGCGCAAGCGUCCCUUGGCAGACGCUUACAGCCCCUCACCCGCUGCGUGGAUCGAUGACACCGAAGAGCGCAUGCCUCUCUACGACGAGGCCGACGACGACUCGGCCGACGAGUACGUGCCCGAGUCCGCCACUGGAAAAAAGUCGGGCGCCCGCACCAAAACCACAACGCCAAAGCGCAGCGUCCAAAGGUCCGUCCGAACACCUCGGGCCGCUGCCGAAAGCGACUCGGACUCGGACUCGGAGUCAGGCUCCUCCUCGGGCUCUACAUCCGAGUCCGGAUCCUCCGAAGAUGACAGCACCGACGACGACGAUGACCACGACGACAACAGUUCCAGCGACCAGAACGGCCCGCCCCGACGCCGCCAACCGGCGGGCAGGGGCGGACGCGGUUCCAUCGGCAUCGAUCCUGCGCUCCUCGAUCCAUUGGGCCUGACCCUUGAUGGCAACACCGAGGCCACGGAUCAAGACGUCGACUUCGAGAGCGAGAGCUUCGCUCGCCUCGUCAGCUCCCUCCAGGACACCUCGAGACAGACAGGCGCACUACGCAAGACCUGGGACACGUCCAUCGAGCAGGAGACUGCCGAGUUCGAGGCCGAGCUCCGCGCCGCCGCUGGAUUCAACAAGAAGAAGCGCGUGAAGCGCACGUUCAAAGAGGCGAACCUCUCGCUCGAGGUGAGGGACCUCAUCGCGCAGGCCACCAUGCUUUACGUCGACCACUUCCUCCUGGAGGCAAUGGACAAGCUCGAGGAGAUCGUUCGCAUCGAUCCCACCGCCCUUCAGGCCUGGCAUAUGCUCGGUAUCAUCCACGCAGAGCUCGGCGACGAGGAAAAGGCCAUCCAGGCCAGAAUCGUCGGCGCACAUCUCCAACCGCGGGCCAUGGCAGAAUGGAGGGACCUCGCCUACCGCUCCUACCAUAUCGGCCUCGUCCGCCAGGCUGUCUUUUGCCUGUCGCAGGCCAUCAGGCUCGAUCGGACCGACGUCAACAGCAUCUGGGACCGCGCCACCAUGCUGCGCGACCUCGGCGACGCAAAGGCUGCCGCUAACGGCUUCUUCGACUUGCUCAAGCUGCUGCCGCACGACGCAUCCGUCGUUCGCGAGCUGGUGCCGGUCCUCGUCGGCCUGAAGAGCUACGGCCGUGCCAUUGCCGUGAUGGAGGAAUUCCUCGAGCACAGCAAGGCGACCUAUCCCGAUCCUACCGUGCUCGACGACGACCCGGACGCACCAGUCAACCAGUUCAACGUCGCGGAAAUCGUCACGCUCGCCGACCUCCUCCUGAUGGACCGGAAGCCUGUCGAGACGAUUGCCGUGGUCCGCCAGACGGUCCGCUGGCUCCAUGGCCGGGCGUCCGAAACCUUCUGGGACGCCGUCGAUGACGACCGCGAGUUUGACGAGGACCGCAACGACGAGUUUUCCCAGAGUCGCCAGCAGGGCGGGUACGGAAGGAUGGUCGAGAUGGCGCCCCCUCACCCGAUCGAUCCCGAGAUCCGCCUGCGACUCGGCAAGGCGCGCAUGAUGAUCAACGACGUCGACGAGGCGAUGCGUCACUUUGAGCUGCUGAUCGAGGCGGGACCGGAAGACGCGCCCAACAUCCUCAAGGAUGUCGCCGACUGCCUCUUCGAGAACAAGCUUUGGGAUGCGGCGCUUGAUGUGUACCAGGAGCUCGUCUCGGCCGCCCUUACGGUCAUCGACGACAUCGAGAUCCACGCCAAGCUGGCGGCCUGCUCGCAUGCGUUGGGCAGGCUCGAUUCCGCCGCCCAGUACUACGAGGCCCUGAUCGAACAUGCUUCGGACAACCUCGAGUGGCAGAUGGCCCUGGCCGAGGUGUACGAGGAGAUGGGCGAGCGGGACAAGUCGCUCGAGACGCUCCGCACCGUCGUGCGCGUGCUCCAGGCGCAGAAGCAGGCAGAGGCGGCCGAGCAGGGAAGGGACCAGGAUGGCGAUGCCGCAAUGGCGGCCGAGGCAGCCGUCGGCGGCACGCAGAUGUCGUUCUUUGACGAGCUCGCGCCGCAAAUCAAGCCGAGGCCGGCCGAAGGGAGGGCGCGCAUGAACUACGAUCGCGAGCAGCGGCUCAAGAUCGAGAGGAAGCGCGAAGAGGAGACGCUCCUCUGCUGGCGAAGGCUGGAGCUGCUCGAGGGCCAUGUCUUCAUCGAUGGCUUCUGGAGAACGGACGUGCCGCUGACGCUGGCCGAGGAGGACGACGGCGCCGGCCUCUACGGCUCCGGCGAAAGCGCUGCGGAGCGCCACGCCCGCUACCGGUCCACGCGGCAGUGGCUCGAGGAGGCCAGCGCCCUGGUCGAGAGUUUCCGCAAUACCAAGAAGCUGCACACGAGCAAGAAGGCGCGCAGCAAGCGGGGGACCCGUCCGAGGGGACGGCCGAGGAUCCUGCGCGCGCCGACCGGCUCGGGGAUCAGCAGGAUCCGGUCGCAGGCGCAGAAUCUCCUGUACCGGCUUCAAGACUCGAUGUUCGAAGAGGAGAUCGAGGCAGAACACACCGAGAUCGGCGCCAUGGAGACCUCGUUCCAGAAGCAGCUCGACCAGGCGCGCUUCCGCGGCAUCCCCAUCGAGGACUGGGUCGAUCUCUUCGCAAGAUACGCCAUGGUCCUGACCAAGAUUGGCGGCGAGCAGGCCAUGGUCAACGAGGUGAUGCAGGGCUUCCUCGACUGCAAUGUCGUCAAGGGCUCGUACCGGCGCACAAUGACGGUGCGCCUGGCCUGGCUCUCGUGCGCCCUAUACGCCCGCGACUACGACACCAUCUUCCGCUGCAUCCGAUGGCUCUGCCAAGAGCAUCAAUUUCACGACCAGCCGAUCCGCCUGCUGGCCUCAAUCACCAAUGCCCUUGGCCAGCAGUCGCUGUCACGCUUCGUGCACAACCCGGACGUCAAGUUCUAUCAGCGAAGGAUGAGGCAGAUCGAAGCCAUCGUCCACGGCCUGACGUGCUACUUUAGCGACAAGACCCACCACUACAUCAUCCCGCACCACAUCUUCCUCAGCUCGACGUACGACGAUGCAGGCGACAAGACGGGCGCCGAGGCGGCCGGUGAGGGCGAGGGCGAGGGCGGGAGGAGCGGUGACGACGCGCACGACGACGACGAAGACGACGACGAUGAUGAUAUGGGCAGGGACGUCGACGAAAACGGCUCGCCCCACGGCGGCGCCCACCCGCGAAGAGGCGCGGCAGCCGCAGCCGCAGCCUCUGCGACCGACGCGACCGCCGCCAUGCAGGUUCCCAAGGGCGCUGAGCCGAGCGAGGCGCUGCGCAUCCGCCUAGCCAAGCCGAGCAAGCCGAGCCCGAUCGCAGAGACGUCUUACGGCUACAUGCUGCUCGCCUCUGGCGGUUACCAGGCACCGGGAGCCUUCUUUGCAAGGGCCUUUGCGAUCCAGCAGAACGAUCCGCUCAUCUGCCUCUGCGCCGCCGUGGCAUUCGUGGGCCGCUCCACCAACCGACAGGCCGACAAUCGCCACCAUCUGUUCCUUCAGGCCCUGGCCUUUUUCCAGCUCUACAAGCGCAACCUCGGCCUGGCCGUCGACGACGAUACGUGUCAGGAGGUCGAGUACAACCACGGCCGGCUGCUGCACCACCUUGGCCUGCUCCACCUCGCCGUGCCGCACUACGAGCGCGUCCUCGCCCUCGCCUCUGCUUCGCGCGACAGGCGCCGCAUCAACGGCGGCGGCAGCGGCAGCGAUGACGAGGCCCCGGCGGUGGGAUUCGCGAUGCACCGCGAGGCCGCCUUCAACCUCUCGCUCAUCUAUACCCUCAACGGCUCGCCGCAUCUCGCCCAGGAGCUGCAUCGGCAGUGGCUGACCAUCGAGUGA